GGUCUCUCUAUAAUAGUUUUUUAAGUAACAAUCUAAUUGUACGGAUGUCUCUUGAGAUGUUGAAGAAUUCAGAAUAAAGAAAGAGUGAGAGAGAGGGAGAAUGAAUUUUGAGGAUCAAGAAGAAGAUAUGGAGAUGUCAGGUGUUAAUCCCCCCGGCGGUUACGACUCUCUGAGCGGCGAGGGAGCCACGUCGAGCGGCGGUGGUGGAGGAGGAGGAAGGAAUAAAGGAGUUGGAGGGAAGUUGAGGUAUAGAGAGUGCUUGAAGAAUCAUGCUGUUAACAUCGGCGGCCACGCCGUCGACGGUUGCUGUGAGUUCAUGCCUUCCGGUGAAGAUGGUACGCUCGACGCUCUCAAGUGUGCAGCUUGUGGCUGCCACCGCAACUUCCACCGUAAGGAAACCGAAAGCAUCGGCGGUAGAGCCCACAGAGUUCCCACGUACUACAACCGCCCGCCUCAGCCGCCUGGAUAUCUUCAUCUAACAUCUCCCACGGCUGCAGGGCAACCUUAUAGGGCACCCGUGGCGUCGGGGGACGAGGAGGAUACAUCGAAUCCGAGCAGCAGCGGCGGGACCACUGCAAAGAGGUUUAGAACGAAGUUCACGGCGGAGCAGAAGGAGAAGAUGUUAGCCUUUGCGGAGAGGUUGGGGUGGCGAAUUCAGAAGCAUGAUGACGUGGCGGUUGAGCAGUUCUGUGCGGAGACUGGUGUUAGGAGACAAGUUCUUAAAAUCUGGAUGCAUAACAACAAAAACUCUCUUGGUAAGAAACCCUAAUUUUACUCAAGACAUGAUUUAAAAGACUAGAGGAUCAUAAUUGUUUCUUUUUUGGUAUGACUCUUCUGUAACUACUUCUCUUUAUUAGUUAUGAUCUUUUUUCCUGGACAAUAGUUUCUUCUUUUAGUUCAUAAUCGUAUCUAGUCGUUUGGGACAGUUUAGGACACAUUGUGAUUAAUCUUCAAUAACUUUGGUUCGACUGG